GCAGAAUACUAGUGCAGUCGGACAUGUAACAACUCUACCGGUGUUUUAGAAAAACUGUAACCUAACUAUAUCAAUUGACAUUGAAACAAUGUACAGUAUCUAGUACAAGAGGACAACAGCCACAGAAUAUCCUGGCAACCUUCACUCCAUUCUAGUAGGUAGAAUAUACAAGCGUUCUGGCAGCGGUCAAAAAUGUUAGAAGGUUAGCUAGCUUUCUCAAGUGGACUAAAAGUAGAAGUUUGAUCGAUAACAUCAUGACAACCGGAAUGGAGAACUGCGCCAAACCACUGUUUACAUUUGGAAUAAUCGCCGACAUUCAAUACGCCGACAUAGAUGAUGGCUUCAAUUUCAAACGCUCAAGGAAACGAUACUACAGGAACAGUCUUCGCCUAUUGCACAAUGCACAGAAAAGGUGGACCGCGGAUACUGUCAAACCCCGGUUCAUCCUUCAGCUCGGUGACAUUAUCGAUGGCUUCAACAAGAGGCAUGACGCAUCAGAGCGAGCCCUGGAAACGGUGAUGAAAGAGUUUGACUCCUCUCCGGUUGAAGUCCACCACGUUUGGGGCAACCAUGAGUUUUAUAACUUUAGCAGAGACACCCUAAUGCGGUCGGUUCUCAAUAGUACUACAGAUUCUGAAGCAGGAGGGGGGCAUCUCAGCAUCUGUGAAAUCUAUGCAUAUCAUUUCAGUCCAGCCCCCAAAUACCGAUUUGUCGUUUUGGAUGCCUAUGAUGUGAGCCUACUAGGGAGAGAGGAGUCCAGUCUGAAAUACCAGCAGGCUAUUGCUAUUUUAAAAGCCCGCAAUGACAAUGAAGAUCUGAACCAUCCCCCAGCACCUGUGGGGAUGGAGCAAAGGUUUGUGAAGUUUAAUGGAGGAUUCAGUCAAGAUCAGCUGGACUGGCUAGAAGGAGUUUUGUCGUUGGCAGACAACAAACUGGAGAGGGUCACCAUUGUCAGCCAUCUCCCUAUCCACCCCAGCUCUACAAGUCCUAUCUGCCUAGCCUGGAACUACGAUGCGCUGCUCUCCAUACUCCAGGCCCAUAAGAGUGUAGUCUGCUUCAUGGCAGGACACGACCAUGAUGGAGGGUAUCACAGAGAUGACUCCGGAGUGCACUACCUCACACUGGAGGGGGUGAUAGAGACCCCCCCGGGCAGUGAUGCCUUUGGUACAGUCUAUGUGUAUGAGGACAGAAUGUUUUUAAAGGGAUAUGGAAGGAUGUCUGAUAGAAUACUGAUGUAUCCAUGAUAAUGCCAAAGAUUCUACGGCUAUACGGAAUCUGGGGAGGGACAAUUCCUUGGGUCCUCAUAUACACUGAGUAUACAGAACAUUAAGGACACCUGCUCUUUCCAUGACAUAGAUUGACCAGGUGAAUCCAGGUAAAAGCUAUGAUCCCUUAUUGAUGUCACUUGUUAAAUUCACUUCAGUCAGUGUAGAUGAAGGGGAGGGGAGGUUAAAGAAGGAUUUUAGAAGGAUUUUUAAGCCGUAAGACAAUUGAGACAUGGAUUGUGUAUGUGUGCCAUUCAGAGGGUGAAUGGGCAAGACAAAAUAUUUAAGUGCCUUUUUAACGGGGUAUGGUAGUAGGUGCCAGGUGCACUGGUUUGUGUCAAGAACUGCAACGCUGCUGGGUGUUUCACGCUCAACAGUUUCCCGUGUGUAUCAAGAAUGGUCCACUAUCAAAAAGACAUUCAACCAACUUGACACAACUGUGGGAAGCAUUAGAGUCACCAUGGGCCAGCAUCCCUGUGGAAAGCUUUAGACACCUUGUAGAGUCCAUGCCCUGAUGAAUUGAGGCUGUUCUGAGAGGGGGGGGGUGUUACAAAUCAAUAUUAGGAAUGUGUUUUAUAUAUAUAUUUCAUUUUCUGAGUUAAAAUGGGCUAGUUAUUAAAAUAAAACGUUAUACCAAUAUUGAUUGAAGUGGAAGACAACAGGCGCUGAUAAAACAUGUUGCACAUUCCAUCUGGCCUGAGGUUGGGUGCCAAAAGGUUGGAACAAUGUCUCUUCAUAACAUAUAAACACACUUUCUCUCAUAAUAUGUUACCUCAAUAAGUUGAUAUUGUAGCUCUAAAUGAUGUUAUUGUGGUGAUAGACCUAUUGAUAAUUACCUAUGUAUAAUGAAUGCUUUGACAAGAGUAAAUUGAUUAAUCUGUG